GCUAUUUGACUGGUGUCAACACAAGGUACAUGGUUGACAUUUCGUCAUUUUGGUUUGUGACCUAACUUUUUGCAUAAAUUAAGUGUGAUUUUAUUAUAUUCUGGAAUCAAAAUGAGUUUUGAAAUACCUGAUGGUUUGACAGAUCUUUUGCAAGAUUUUACGGUUGCUGUGCUUAAAGAGAGGCCACCGGACUUGGUGAAGUUUGCAGCUGAUUAUUUUAACAAACUAAAGGAGAAAAAUGCGGAACAACCAAGAGGUGUCAGGUUUGCAGAGAAUGAACCUAUGCAGACCAGUGACAGCGACGAUGAACCAAUGGAACCACCCCCUCAACGUUUCACAAGACGGAAAUCAGUGUCAGCUGAGAGAUAUGACCCUGAAGCUGAUGAUGAGGAGCCUGAUGAAAAGAUUGUUAACCCCAAAACAGAUGAUCAGCGUUUACGGUUGAGCGAUGCGGUCAAACCAAUCUUCCUUUUCCGAUCUUUGGAUCCAGAGCAAAUGCACUGUGUCCUAGAUGCCAUGUUCGAGAGAAAGGUGACAGUUGGGGAGCAUGUGAUAGACCAAGGAGAUGACGGGGACAACUUCUACGUCAUUGAUAGUGGGAUAUACGACAUAUUUGUGGACAACAAGAUGGUGGGGAAAUAUGAGAAUCGUGGCAGUUUUGGGGAGCUGGCUCUCAUGUACAACAUGCCCCGGGCUGCCACCAUCAUCGCCACCAGCGAGGGAAUCAUCUGGGCUCUAGACAGAAUUACGUUUAGAAGAAUAGUCCUCAAAAACGCGUAUGAAAAACGAAAAGUUUAUGAAUCACUGCUGGAAAAUGUCCCCAUGCUGAAAACAUUAGAUACUUAUGAGCGUAUGAACAUAGCUGAUGCACUGUUCACAAGGACUUUCGGAGAUGGAGAUGUUAUAAUCAAGCAGGGAGACAGUGCUGACUGUAUGUACUUCGUGGAAGAUGGAGAAGUCAAAAUCACAGUUAAAAAUAUGAACGACCCUGACUCAAAGGAGAAGGAGGUGUCAAAUUAUACCAAUGGAAUGUAUUUUGGAGAAUUGGCAUUAGUGACCCAUAAGCCUCGUGCAGCGACCUGUUACGCUGUAGGGAAAACUAGAUUAGCAGUAUUAGAUGUUCAAGCAUUUGAGCGACUACUAGGACCUUGCAUGGACAUUCUGAAACGUAAUAUAAACGAAUAUGAAGAGCAGCUAGUUCAGGUGUUCGGAUCUAAGGCAGCCAUUAGCGACCUGCGGUGAACAUACCCCACCCACCUCUAGUGCUCACUGUUUUUAAGCAAUAUUUUUGUAACUUGCCUCUAUUCAUAUUCUGUGUCCUGUGUUUGACAAUGUCACUAGUGAUAAAUGCCAAGUUUUCUUUGUCAAGUAUGCACUUUUUAAAUUGGAAUCCUGCUUUUUUGUUAUUCAAAAUUCAAAAUCUUAGCAGACUAUUAUAGCAGAUGUUUUGUGUAUCUCUAGGAAUUGGAAGUUUCAUUCAUUUGUACAAACAAGUAGGAAGCACUUUUUCUAGAUAGUCGCAAUUAGUUUCAUUUUAUUUACACCUAGAUUCAAACCAUUUAAAGUGUUUGCGUAUUGCAAUGCAUUUUAGUUUAAAUUCAUCUUUGGAAUUAUUCUAGGUAUAUUAUCGUCAUGAUAUAUAGUGUGGAAAUUAAACUCCACACAGAACUUUUACGAUGAUCAAUUUUCUAUUAGUAUCUCAAGAGAAACAUUACAGAAGCCUACACACAUUCAAUUCUGAAACAUGGUGGAUGUUAUAUCAGCGGACAAAAGCAGAUAAUUAUUUCAAGCCAGUAAACUGAUAUCCAAGAUGGUGGAAAACUUUGAAAUCGCACUUGAGAUAGACUUAACUUUGAUUGCAUUGCUUAGGCAUCAGCAAAAUGUGAGUGAUGGCCACAAUCUGAGUCAUUGCUGAAAUGCUAAGUACUCUAUAUUCAAUGGUUAAUGUCGCCUUCAUAUCAACCACCAUACAAUAUAUCAGAACAAUAUCGCUAUAUUCCAGCCAAACUUUUAGUUUAAAAAGAAGUAGACGCUAUAACCAAGAAUACAGUAUUUGAAUAAUUGAUCAUACGAUUCACUUGUUUAUCAGAUGACCUCACUACUUGGAAUCAUUGUGGGCUUUAAGUAAGCAGGUUCAAAAAAUGAGUUCCCCUUUAGCAUUGAAUGAAAUCUUGUCUUUUUGAUUAAGAAAGUGCAAAUGAGCUGUGCUGGCUUAAAAAUUGUGGUUUAAGGUGCUUCUACACUUAUAUCAAAGCACAGAAUUGCUGAAAUUUUGAGUAGAAACAUUUUGGUACUGCAUGACAAUACAUGACUCCCUCUGCGACUAUAGAAAUCCUACACCAGGCUAGUUCUCUCAUUUAUUUCCUCAGUCACUGUUUUAGAACAAUGUUUAGUGUGUCACGUUUUGUGUACUUGUCAAACAGGAACAUUCUACAGACAGUUGGGACGGUAUGUGUUACCAUAACAACUUAGUGAUGCUUGCCAAGUUUCCGAAUGAGAAGAUAGGAUUUAUUAUGAAAUUCUUCAUUUUAUUCUCUCGCUCUUUGCUCAUCAACUUUGUUUUUAUUAUUUAUUGACAUUCAUGAUAGACUUUGUAUUAUACUAUACAACAAAAUUAUAAACAUUUUUUUUAAUGAUACUCUUUGUACCAAUAAGGGCCAUUUACAUGUACCUGUGUAUGUUGAAACUUAAACUGUGGGCAUUACACUCAAUCAUUCUAAAAAAAUAACAUAUUAAUCCAGAAUUGUUUGUCCUGCACUAUCAGUGUCACUAUUCUUACAUUCUUAUUCUUAUCAGACCUUAUGAUAUAUUGACUCAUAUGACCAAUGUACAUGGCAUACUAUGAUAUAGACUAUUUUCCAUGUACCAUUUAUGAGAGAAAGUGAGUGUGAUAUGUGAGUGUACAGUUAGUAUUAAAUGUUUAAGGCAAUCAACAUUUAAUGUUUGGUUUCAGGACAUGACAUUUAACUGAAGGAAUGUAAAUACAGUUGUUCAGAACAGUAUCAUUUUUAACUUAAUUUUGUGUGCUGAAUAUUGAACCUUGAGGCAUUUUGCAUGAGAAAACUUUUUUAUAAUUAGAAAUUGAAAAAGAAAAAAAUGCUUAUAGAAGUUGAAGAAAGUAUUGCUAUGUCCUGCCAUUGCACUGCCCUGUCUUGUGAGAUAUCGCAAAGAUAUACUUUUUGUUAAAUAAUAUUACUAUGAAUUGUCUGUUAGACUUCAUUAUUGCAUAUUCCCUGAUAUAUGUUAAUGGCUUUCCUUGUAAAUGCUUCCAACCAAUUUGUUAAAAUGACUUCCAACUAUAGAUUCUCAAUUAAUAAUCAUUCAAACCCUGUAUACAUUUUAGAACAUUGUCAAAUGGCCUCUUCAUGGUGUACAUACCACAUGGUUAUCUGUGAGCAGGGACUUGAUACAUAUUUCGGGCAUUCUUCAACCGGGCACGAUUGAUUUUUUUUUUGCAAGUUGAACGCAGAUUUUGUGUAAGAGGGUCCAUGCUAUAUAAAGCUGUCUUGUGUAUAAAGUGACAAUUGUUUUAAACAUUUGCGCGUCCCAGUUACUUGCUUGAGUUGAUAGUUCUAAAUGGGCUUUUGCAUAAACACAUACUUAAUUCUGCAUUGGUCAUAUUGGCAUUCUGGGCUUUGUUUUGUAGCAUUGUUUUUUGUUUGUUUGUGGGGGAGGGAGGGGGGGGACACACUCAAGUCUGGUUGAAAAAAAUCUGAAAUACUCGUCUCAUUUCUCAUUAAACGUACAAUCAUGUGCUAUGUACAGUGUGCUAUGUAUAACACGAGUUUGGUCAGAUGUAUGGUCUACCUUGUGGUGGUAUUGUACUUGGCUGUGUACAUGCUAAUUUUCACUCUAAUGUAAAAUAAGUUUAUUUUUUUCCUGGGAUUGAUAUGCUGGCCAUUUCCAUGAAUGUUAUUUAUUAGUAUACAUGUAAUUAUGAUGUCCUCGUCAUUUGUGUAUUGUGCUUUCGGUUUUGUACUGCUUAAGAUAUUUUAAAUCAAAUUUAUUAUUGCCAAAAGAUAACGUCACCCAUAACACUUUUGAUGGAAGGUAUAAGUGAGCCUAAAUGCCAGAAAAAACCUGGUAGUCAGAAAAUAUAGCCAGCCUCGGUAGAGGAGAUUCAUGGUAUGAUAACAUCAUUUUGUAGAGGCUUUUUCUUUACUUUUUCUUGUGUGAUUUUUUUACAAAACUUUCAAAAAACUGAAAUAAAAAUGUUAUUUAAAUAGUCAUGAAUUUCAAAUGAUUAACCUUAUAUAAGUUUCCUACUAAGUUCAGGAGUGCUUUCAGUAGGGCGAGUGUUUGCCUAACGUAAGCAAACAUUCUAUUUUGUAUCCUUGUUGCAAAGUAGGACAUACACUGCAAACGGGGAACCAAACAGCAUUUCCCAUAAACAUGUUUACUGAACGCAUGGCAGUUUAUCAAUGGUUUGGUUUAGUUUAUAUUUCUGAAAAAGAGGUUUCAUACAUAACCUAAUAGACCAAAAACCAAUAAUUCUGUGUAGAUGAAAUAGUUAUGAUGUCUUGCCAUUGCUUUUGAGUUUCUUUGCUUUGCUUCUUCUAGUCAAGUACUUUGGGACCAGUCAAGGUUUUCAUAUCAAUGUUAGAUACAUUCCAUCCUAUGAUUUUUUAAUACACAAAGUGGACCAUUUUAUAGACUUGUUGAUUUGUUGCAUGUUUUAUGACCACAUGUGUACACCGCAUGAUUUAUUUUGUACAUGUAUGAACUGCAACAGGUAUACUUGGUAACUCAUUUUUACCGGAAGUAUGACAUAAACAGCAAAAACCAUGUCAUAAUUUGCUGUGGCGGCAAACAGAAUGACAGGGUCCUUAUGGCGGCAUGCUAAGUCAAAGAUACUUUUAAGUUUUUUACCAUUGAUUAUAUGUAAAACAUAAUUGACAAUUCCAAACAGACGAGAGCCAUUUCUGUGUGUUGCUGUCCGUAUAUAAUGUACACUAUGUAUAUCGGUAAUGUGAUGAACAACAAUUAAUUGUCAGGAUUUGUAAAGGGCAAUCAGAGUUGUUACAAUUAAAUAAGGGUAUUUUUUUUAGUAAACACUAUCUAAGGUUUGCUUUAUGCUUACUGUUUAGGUCAAAAUGAACUAAUCUACCUCCAUACAUCCACUUUAUACUCAAUUUGGUUUGUUUCCGAAUUUGGCUUCAAAAGAAGCAAAGAAUCGUUGAUCAUUUAGUUUUCUUUUUAUUCCAUUAUCGUAUGCAUUUAAGGUUUAAAUUAAUUAUUGUUGUUGAGUUAAUCAUAAACAAUGUUUUAUAUAACGCACAUCUACUUCAGUAUGUAAAUGGAGCAUCAAUAAUGUACUAAGCAGUUGUCAUCUACUGAUCAUUUAAGUUGACUUCUAUUUUACACAUCAUGUGCUUAUAAGACUAUAGAAUCAAUCUAUCCUGGUUGAAAAAUCAAUUUUCUAACUAUCUGUUAGAUGUUUAUUGUAUAUCUUAAUUAUCGAAGUUGUUUAUCAGUUUUCUUUAUUUGCUAAAUUUUUUGGUAAAACACUAUAUGAUUUGAAAUAUGGCAUGUAGCAAUUUCUUGGAAAGGCAUUGAUAUUUGGCUUAAAAUGUUUGUACUAUUUUGUAACGAGUUCAGUUAGUUAUUGUUUUGAAAGUAUAUGUAAUUUACCCUGCAUUAACAGCACUGUUUCUCCUGAAAUUUUGCAUGACAAAACUAACUUUUGUCAUUAUGUUUGCAAUACAUAGCUUUUGUUAUUAUUGUAUGUACCAGUAUACUUAUUGAAUGUUUUAUUUCCAUCAACAUGUUGGUGUGACCUGCUUUGUCAUGACAGCUUGUUCCUACUUACAUGCAGAAAUGCUCAUAAGCAUAUCAUUCCUGUGUUUAGUUAUUUCAGAAAUUAUUAGACAAUGUAAUGUUCUGAGCCCCGUAUAUUUUGAUAAUUGUUAUCCAAGUUAUUGAUUGUUGAAUGAAUGAAAUUAAUUGUCAGUGGAGUGAAUGAAUUCUCCAUGUUAAAUUAUGUUCAAUAAAAUGAUUUUAAAUA